CCCUCGCGCGUUUGCCUCCCCGCCCCGAGGACGAGACAAACCGCACACUCGUUUAUCGAUAUACCCCGCCGCUCGUGCACUCCAUUCGCUCGUUACCGCCCAACGCCGACGUUCGUUCAACAACCUCUGGCAUCAAUUGUGGCUCUGUCCCUACAAGAGUGCGAUAUAUCGACGGUGAUGCUGGGCUGGUUACUUCACAUCAUGCCCAGUACAAAAUCGCUUAUCUUGCCAGAAGGGACGUCAAUAAUGUACCUCGGUAGCCAUUCAUCGACCGAUGCGCCUUGCCGACUCGAGCAUGUGUGGUGGAUCCUAUAUUUUGCCAAGCAGGGUCCCCUACGACUUCUCCUAUCACCGUUAUGCAGUACACUCCAGGAGGCCACUCUUGUAUGCAUCCCCUACACUGGUCAUGGGCAGUACAGGGCAACAUCAGCGUGCGAUUUCGAGGAGUCUUCGCGCAUGCUGCGUAGUGCAAGUACAUACCUGAGGACGCUCUCUCUGUUGCUACCGAACGUACUGCGUCACCAGUCCACGGCCUUUCGAGCAGGAAUCGGAAGAUUGGACCUCUCUGACAACCGCAGUCUCACAUCCCUGCACAUCGCGCUCAACGGAGCGAACACUCGCGACUGGACAGACGGCCCUGCCGCCGUUCUCGCCCGCCUACCGCCAACACUCGACGCUCUCAGGCGAGUCGACAUCUACACGCUCUUGCGACCGCACGAGCACCUUCUCCAGCGUCCCCGCCGCCCGCACCAAGAGCAGCUCGACCACGAAAUCACUCGUCUUCUGCGGGAUCAUCGCGAUCUCGUCGUGACGUUCCACGUUCGCGGCCAUGUACAGGAUGCUGAGCCUGCGAGAGGCUCCAUCACCAAACGUCUGCGUACGUCCUCCCCGUGGCUCGAAGCUGAAGCGGAACGGCUGCGAUUCUCCCAUGAGUUCGUGGCGGACCCGGCGACGUACGUCUGAGAGCCUGGAUGGCAGGAAUUGGACACUGCGGGCAGCAUUCCCCUGUUUGCGGUGUGACGCGGAGACAACGUUCGUAACACGACUAUCACUCACCGAAAGGAACAACGCAGAUCAUAGUCAUCAUACUUCGUCGCUCUUUCUCCUCGUCGUCUACCUUCUAUCAGUGUCUCGGAGCACGGGCAUCCUGUUUGGACACGGACCGCAUAUCAUUGACGCCGCGGAUGCUUUGUGUUUCGAGUUGACCUGACCGCAUCUCUGAAUCCGUGCGCACGCCCACUUCAUGUGCACACGCGCGAUAGGUCAGCAAGUCCCACCAGUAUGUACGACCCGCAUACAGCGUGUGCAGAAACGCGUCUCAGGGCAGCACGCGCGUAGGAGUGACGGAUAAGCGUGACAUGUCGCGGUC